UUGCUGUUGAUGCUGUCAUUUGAUAGCGAACGCAGCGCUGCGAUGGUGCGCGCGAUUUUGCCGCGCAAAAUUUGACGUUUAUAAAAAAUGCGUUCAGAAUAAACAAUAUGGUUAAUGUAAAUUAAAAAAGUGUUAAAAAAUUUUAAAUAUCUUAUUAUGGCGUGUGUAAAAAACAAAAAUAAUGUUAGAUCACGAUAUAGUUUAAGAGUGGAUUUAAAAAUACGACAAAUUGACUGUUCAGUGUUUAUAGCUUUAAUAGUGUUACUGGUGCCAUCGGUAUUUUGUGAAAAUUGGUCGAAAUAUUUGACAUACGAUCAAAUAUACAACAGCACCAACUAUGCGCAAAUACCAGAAUACAGCAUACAGUCAUCUCAUAGUCAUAGUAAUAGAAAUAUUGAUAGAGAGCAAACCAAAGUUAAGGAUCUAGAUUAUAAUGGAAGAGAAGGCAAUAAUAUAAAAAGCAGUCAAUUACUGGUAGGGUUUUCACACGACCCUUACAGAUAUUCUAUACCAGAGGGUGAUUAUAUUAAAGGUGUUAGGAAUAUAGACCCAAAUGCGUUUACAAAUAAAAAUGAAAAUCGCGGUAAACGAGGUGUACUGCACUUGUAUAAUAUGAUAUUCUGCGCGACGGGCUGCGAGCCGCUUGCCUACAAGGGUUACGGUUGCUAUUGCGGUUUCCUCGGCUCUGGUCGACCUACUGAUGGGAUUGAUAAUUGCUGUCGCCUCCACGAUGAAUGUUACGAGAACAUCUACUGUCCGUUCUACACGGUGUACUUCCAACCAUAUUAUUGGAAGUGUUACCACAACCAGCCGCUCUGUGCGCUAGAAAACUAUCAGACACGGCAUAACGUUAUUAACGGCUGUGCUGCAAGACUCUGCGAAUGUGACAGGAAGUUUGCGAUGUGCGUCAAAAGGUAUUCCUGUCCGAGAGGACGCGCGCUUUGUCACUCUUCGCCAUUACGAUUAUUGCAAAAUUUACUCAUGUUCCGAUAGAGCCAUAUUUAAUGUUACCACUAAUUUUUAUUAUAAUUUGUAAAUAAUGUAACAUUAGUGUAAAUAAAAGUAAUUGCUAAUACAUUU